UGUUAUUGAGACAAAAAGGGAUCAGUGGAAGUGAAGGAGUUUAAGAUAUCUGGAGCAAAGUGUGUUGUUCUCUGUUUCGAAGCAGCGGAAACAAACAUGUCGUGGUGUUACUGCGCUAAGCCUAUGACUUUGCAGUUGCCGUUGCAAUCAAGAGCAGCAUCAUCGUUCCAUUCCCACGUUGGAGGAGUAACAGUAACAUUCUCAACACUGUCUCUUCGACCCUCUUCUCCUCUUGUUCUGACCCACAACCUCCACUUCCAACCCAAACUCAAACGCGCUUCCACAACCAUUCGCUGCUCCUCUGCGUUGACUCCUCAAUUGAAGUCUACCUUGGAUCAAGUUAUUGCUUCAAAUAAAGUAGUUGUGUUUAUGAAGGGAACUAAAGACUUUCCACAGUGUGGAUUCUCAAACACAGUGGUGCAAAUAUUGAAGUCUCUAAAUGUGCCUUUUGAAACCAUAAAUGUGCUUGAAAAUGACUUGUUGCGCCAAGGGCUGAAAGAGUACUCCAGUUGGCCUACCUUUCCUCAAGUCUACAUAGAAGGAGAGUUUUUUGGUGGCUGUGAUAUCACUGUUGGUACCCCAUCUGUCAUCUGUUUACAUUGCUGUUAUAAUUGACUGCAUCAGAAUCAGUUAUCAGAUGCAUAUCAGAAGGGGGAAUUGCAGGAGCUGUUGGAGAAGGCAAUGUUGUCCUGAAGCUAUGGAAGGAAUGAGAGGACUUCCCAAGUUUGUACUUUGUAAUCUUCCCCCUAAAGUUAUACUGUGGCUCAGUGACAAUGGACCAAAUAAAUUGUAUGAUGCAUUUUGUGUCCACAAUUGCCUAUUAUGAUUACUGCAAUACAAAUAUCCCGGUAUUUGAGUACAAAACAGAUAAGUCACAAUUAUACCCUU